AUGGCAUCUUACUUACAAGAUUUUCAGUUUGGGGUGGGUGUAUCAGGAGGUGCUGAGGCGAUCCUACACGCUGUGAACAGGUAUUUUAAUAAACAUCAUAUGGAUGCUAGCCUUACUAUGUUAACCGUGGACUUCACCAAUGCCUUUAAUCUAGUUGACCGAACAACCAUGCUCCUUGAGGUAUGCAAGUUGUGUCCAUCUAUAUCGCCAUGGGUUGAAUACUUGUAUGGACAACCUGCAAGACUAUAUGUGGGAGAUUAUUAUAUUUAUCCGUCUACAGGAGUGCAACAAGGAGACCCUCUAGGGCCAUUGUUAUUUGCUUUGGAGCUUCAUCGGCUUAUAGAAAAUAUAAAUGAGCAGUGUUCACUAUCAUUACAGGCCUGGUAUCUUGAUGAUGGUACUAUUAUUGGAGACACUACAGAAGUGGCAAAGGCGCUUGCAGUUGUUCAGACACAAGGACCUGAGCUGGGGCUUAUAUUGAAUAUUCGGAAAACCGAAAUUUUCUGGCCUUCUUGUGAUGACCGGAGAUAUGGGAUGUUUCCUGUUGGAAUCUCAAGGCCAGAUAACGGGGUCAAACUAUUGGGUGGUGCGGUCAGUAUUGAUGUUGAGUUUGUGAAAGAACUUGCCAUUAGAAGAGCAGAGAAGGCAGUAGAUUUAAUGCAGGUUUAUCCAAGCUCCAUGAUCCUCAGAGCGAAUUGA